GAGCUGAUGGCUAAAGUUGAUGUCAUUGCGGAUGCGUACUCGAUUGUGAAUUUGUGACCAUGUCUUGCAUUUAUGAAAUGAAUGGUAUGCGGGAUGAGUUGAAGAAGUUCAAGGAGCAUAUUGUUCAGUUACCGCCUCAGAUAUAUGCAAGAGUAAGGACUUGGUUUUUAGUUCAUGAUCUUGGAUAUGAUUCCGAAAAGCCUCGGGUUUUGUCUAUUGGGUCUCACCAUAAUCGAUCUGGGUUAAAGAUCCAGAUUUCUCCCAAGGUUUUGCAGAGAGAUUCAUCACUAGGAGUUGACACUGAAGCAACAUGUGUCAAUUAUGCCAAUUCGAAGCUUGUUGUCACAAACAAGACUCUUGCCAAGUUAGUAUAUGGGUACAAGAUACAUGAUAAUCUCCCUGAGCUAUCAAAGCUUUUGUUUAAGCUAGGUGGAUCCAGUUUAUGUGCUGAUGUCGUUGAUGCUUGUGUUGCUAUUGGUUGGUUAGAAGCUACUCAUGAUAUUCUUGACGACAUGGUUUCUGCUGGUCAUCCCAUGGAUUUGGCCACGUAUGAUUCAUUUUGUUCCACAAACAACAUUCACUGUUUGAAAAAAAAAAUCAAAACAAAAAGCACUUCCAAACCAAGCUCAAUCAUUCGAUAA